GUUAAGGGUUGUUGAAGAAAAACAGCAGAAUACGUUGAGCAGUGGAUAGAGAACAGGAUCCUACACUGGGGCAAUAAACAUGAUUCAUUGAAUCUCAUCCUCCGCCUACAAUCGCCCACUGUCAUAUUCCACCAAGAUCUCCGUAAUCUGCCCCAGACCACAAUGGGAGGCACAUCCUUCGCCGCAUUCACUCUGACACAAAACGUGUAUGGUCCACGUAUCCGGCUCUAUCUGUCUUGGAGUCGGAACCAAGUGAAAAGCUAGCGCUGUGCUUCUUCUGUUGUUGUAGAGUGAAGGCUCAAAGUUGUCCAGACACGGCCUAGUGGACAAAGUUGCCGGGGUUUGGGGUUCGCGAAGCCUACCGUCGUCUUCAAGGCACGAACGUACCACACUUCCAAUGCCCGUACCCUCGCAAGGAAACCGGACCGUGCACGUCCCCCUGAUGGAACACAUCAACGGCACAAACCUCCGCAUCUUUGUCCCCGUUCCCAAUGCCAAAGCCAUCUGUGACGCCCACAAACUGGCCAUCAUCAACAUGGCCCUCAACUUGAACCUGGACGCUUUCACACGUGGGGUGUAUCCUUUGGAAUUUCAGCCUAGGAACGUCAUAUUGCGGAGGCCUCAAGUUGGACGCUGCUUUUUUGAGAAGGAGGACUGCCUGGUGCGCUCGGAGGUAGACUUGGACGACGUUCGUGAUGUGCUGGUCGAUCUGGGAAAAGUUAGGGCUGCGCGCCGUAACCGUAUUGUACGGAAAUACGGCUUCCGUGUACGGUAUACGUACCGAUGCCGUGAGCGCCUCGAGCCAUACCGUACAACACGGCCGUCGACGGCCGUAUAUUUGUGGCAGCGCUACAAGGGGGGAGCACGCAUUUUUGAGUCCAUAAAUGCUCUUGAAAACGGACUAGAAUUACUCACCAUCAUGUUCUAUGGGUCUCCAAGUCAGACGCGACAUAUUGGGCGCCUUCGCGAGUUCAAAAUAUUGCAUGCAAAGCACUAUGACAUCACCAAUGACCCCUCAAGUCUUGUGAACUGGGCCAAAAUGGUCAAUUUCAUGACCAGAAUGUGCUCUGACGAUGUUGAAAUUUCUAGAAACAUACCCAGUAGCCAUGAAUACGGCCGUAAUUGUACGGUCCGAAGCCGUCAGCGCCCUUGACCAUACGGUUUACGGACGGUUACGGACGGUGCGCAGCCCUAGGAAAAGUUGGACUGGCGGAUCCGAUGAAGAAACUUAAUAACUCCUGUAGGGCCCGCUGAGGGGCAAAGCCUGCUACGUCUGAUUGUAUUUUAAUUUAAUACAUGAUACACUAUGAUU